GCAGAUAUCCAGUAUUGGGUGUGUUGUCCUUUAUGUAGCAUUCAGCUUGAGAAAGAGAGAGAGAGAAAGGGUGAGAAGGGUGCUCAAAUCUGGUCUGCAGCAAACAAGAGGUUAACUCUCUGCUUUAAGACUCUGGGAGUGGGUUAAUGGGUUGUGAUCUAAUGGUAUCAGGCGCUGGUUUAGCGCUGGGAUCAAUGUGGUUUAAGCAGUGGGAAGAUGUGGAUGUGUUGGACAGUGUUGAAUUUGGAGGCUGACUGCAGAGCUGACUGUAGUGCUGUACCUGUGGACCAGCCUCCGACCUGGUGCUGCUGCUGCUGCUGCUGCUGUUGUCAGUGUCUGUGUGUCCCAGCACACCUGGCUGUCUCUCAGGGCUGCAGAGCUGACUAAUACACACCCUCUGAAUCUCUGAUACGUUUUCUUUUGCACUCAAGAGGAAGGAAAAGAAGAGAGGAGAUCAGGUUUUAAGGACACAGCCAGGAAAUACAAAAUUUAAUAGCCCCAGCAUAAAGGGCUACCAAAACAAACUGGAUUGUCUUCAGUGCCUGCUGUAGCCAAGAGCUCUCUCUCUAUCUGUCUGUCUCUCUCUCUGUGUGGAUGUUAACCUUCACAUACAGUAACAAUUUUCAAAUAUAGCAGAAGACGGUCAAGUGUACAGGGAUCAUUACAAGAAGGACAAAGCCUAGGGCAUGUGGAUCGUGACAACUCUCUUACUCCACAGCAUCCUGAAUGUUGCCAGUGAAGAUCUGCAAUCCAGCUUAUACUUUGUCAAUGGAUCUCUGCAAGAGGUAGUCUUCGCCAGUACCAUGGGGACAUUGUUACCAUGCCCUGCAUCAGGGAAUCCCCCAGCAACCCUGCGCUGGUACCUAGCAACCGGGGAAGAGAUGUACGAUGUCCCAGGGAUCCGACACGUCCAUCCAAAUGGCACUCUCCAGAUCUUCCCUUUCCCUCCUUCGAGUUUUAAUAACUUGAUCCACGACAAUUCGUACUAUUGCACAGCAGAAAAUCCUUCAGGGAAAAUUAGAAGUCAGGAUAUUCACAUUAAGGCUGUUUUAAGAGAGCCCUAUACAGUCCGCGUAGAGGACCAGAAAGCCAUGCGGGGGAACGUAGCAGUCUUCAAGUGCAUUAUCCCCUCCUCUGUGGAGGCUUAUAUCACUGUAGUGUCAUGGGAGAAAGACACAGUCUCACUUGUCUCAGGAUCUAGAUUCCACAUCACGCCUAUAGGAGCCUUGUAUAUAUUAGACGUACAGAACGAGGAUGGCUUGUACAAUUAUCGCUGCAUCACACGGCACAGAUACACUGGUGAAACGAGACAGAGCAACAGCGCCCGGCUGUUUGUGUCAGAUCCUGCUAACUCAGCUCCGACAAUCCUGGAUGGAUUUGACCACCGGCUGGCCAUGGCUGACCAGCGGGUGGAAUUGCCUUGCAAAGCCUCUGGGCAUCCUGCGCCGAAAUACCGCUGGGUGAAGGACAAUGCCCCCUUGGCAAGGGACAACAGGUUCAGACAAACUGUCACUGGGUUACUCAUUGUGAAGGCAGUGCCAACAGACUCAGGAAGGUACACUUGCGAGGUGUGGAACAACUUUGGGAAUGCAGAGGUUAUUGGCCACCUGAAUGUAAAACAGCGACUGAAGGCGACAGUAAAUCUGCAUAAGGUGAAAACCAGCAUCGGUGGCAAGUUAUCCCUGUCCUGUACAGUGACCGGAGCGGAGGAGUAUGAGGUGGAGUGGUAUCAGAAUGGCGAGAUCAUCACCCCUGGCAACAAUGUGAGAAUCACCGGAAACAACCAGGAGAAGCUGAUGAUAGACGGAUUAGCAAAGAGCGAUAGAGGAGCCUAUCAGUGCUUUGUAAGGAAAGGCCGAAUGUCAGCCCAGGAUUUGGUUCAUGUUAUCCUUGAAGACGGAACGCCGAAAGUGAUCUCGUUUUUCAGUGAGAAGGUGGUGAGUCCCAAUGAGCCCAUCUCGCUGAUGUGCAGCGUGAAAGGCAAUCCACCACCAACCAUCACCUGGACCCUGGAUGACGACUCAAUUGCACGAGAUGGGAGCCACCACUUCAGCCAGUACAGAACCACUGAGGGCAACAUGGUCAGCCAUCUCAACAUCACUAACACUCAGGUCCGGGAUGGAGGAGUCUAUCGAUGUGUGGCCAACAACUCUGCCGGAGUCGCCAUGUAUCAGGCUCGAAUAAACGUAAGAGGACCUGCCAGUAUACGAUCGAUGAAAAAUAUCACUGCCAUAGCCGGUCGUGAUACAUACAUUCAUUGCCGGGUGAUUGGCUACCCAUACUAUUCGAUCAAGUGGUACAAGAAUUCCAAGCUCCUGCCCUUUAACCAUCGCCAGGUGGCAUACGGGAAUAAUGGCACCUUGAAGCUCUCUGAUGUACAGAAGGAUGUGGAUGAGGGAGAGUACAUCUGCACUGUGCUUGUCCAACCUCAGCUGACUACCAGUCAGAGUGUGUAUGUAGCCGUCAAAGUUCCACCUUUCAUCCAGCCUUUUGAAUUUCCAAGAUUCUCCAUUGGGCAGCGUGUCUUCAUCCCCUGUGUGGUCAUCUCAGGGGACCUGCCAAUCAGAAUCACCUGGCAGAAAGAUGGUCGUCCAAUCCCUGCAAGCCUGGGAGUCACCAUUGACAAAAUUGACUUCACCAGCUCCUUGAGGAUCUCCAACCUCUCCCUGAUGCACAAUGGGAACUACACGUGCAUUGCCAGCAACGAUGCAGCAGCAGUGGAACACCAGAGCCAGCUGAUUGUCCGAGUUCCUCCUCGAUUUGUGGUGCAACCCACUGAUCAGGAUGGUAUUUAUGGGAAAUCUGUCAUACUGAACUGCUCUGCAGAAGGUUACCCUGUCCCAACCAUCGUAUGGAAAUACUCCAAAGGUGCAGGCGUCCCACAGUUCCAGUCAAUUGCCUUGAAUGGUCGUAUCCAACUGCUGGUGAAUGGGUCGCUCCUAAUUAAACAUGUUCUGGAGGAAGACAGUGGGUAUUACCUCUGCCAGGUUAGCAACGAUGUGGGAGCUGAUGUCAGCAAGUCCAUGUAUCUGACAGUCAAAAUCCCUGCCAUGAUUACAUCGUACCCAAACACCACCCUGGCAACUCAGGGACAGAAGAAAGAGGUCAGCUGCACUGCACAUGGAGAGAAGCCCAUCAUUGUCCGCUGGGAGAAAGAAGACACCAUCAUUGACCCAGAGCGUAUGUUUCGUUACGUUGUAUCCACCAAAGAGAUUGGAGAUGAGGUGGUUUCUACAUUGCAGAUUACGCCAACAGUCCGGGGAGAUUCCGGAUUUUUCUCCUGCCAUGCUAUUAAUUCGUACGGAGAGGACCGAGGGUUGAUUCAGCUCACGGUGCAAGAGCCUCCAGAUCCUCCUGAAAUUGAGAUUCGUGAAGUGAGAGCACGGAGCAUCGCUUUGAGGUGGAGCAUGGGUUUUGAUGGGAACAGUCCCAUCACUGGCUUUGACAUUGAGUGCAAAAACAAGUCAGAUUCCUGGGAUGCAGUACAAAGGACAAAAGAUGUCUCACCUCAGUUGAACCAGGCUACAAUCAUCGACCUGCACCCUUCUUCCACCUACAACAUCCGUAUGUAUGCCAAAAACCGCAUUGGGAAAAGUGAGGCCAGCAAUGAGCUCACCAUCACCACAGAUGAAGCAGCCCCUGAUGGCCCACCUAUCGAUGUUGUGCUGGAAUCUCUAUCCUCUCAGUGUAUCAGAGUGACAUGGAAGGCUCCAAAGAAGCACUUGCAAAAUGGACUAAUCCGUGGCUAUCAAAUUGGUUAUCGGGAGUACAGCACUGGUGGCAACUACCAGUUUAACAUCAUCAGUAUGGAGACAACUGGCGACAGUGAGCUGUACACACUGGACAACCUGAAAAAGUUCACGCAGUAUGGAGUGGUGGUGCAGGCUUGUAACCGUGCGGGCACGGGACCCUCCUCGCAGGAAAUCAUUGCAACAACGUUGGAGGAUGUGCCCAGCCGACCACCAGACAAUGUCCAAGCCAAUGCCAUAUCUCCAGAAGCCAUUUCACUGUCUUGGUCGAUGCCACCAAAAGAGGCGCUGAAUGGGAUUCUCCAAGGAUACAGAGUUAUUUACUGGGCGAAUCUCCCAGAUGGAGAGCUGGGAGAGAUUAGAAAUGUCACAACCACCCAAGUUACGCUGGAGCUUGACGGACUCGAGAAGUUCACCAACUACAGUAUACAGAUGCUGGCAUUCACCCGGGCAGGAGACGGAGUCAGGAGCGAGCAGAUCUUUACACGUACCAAGGAGGAUGUUCCAGGUCCCCCAGGCGGAGUGAAAGCAGCUGCAGCCUCUGCUACGAUUGUGGUUGUCUCCUGGCUUGCCCCUCUGAAGAUGAAUGGCAUCAUUUGGAAGUACACCAUAUUUUGCUCUCAUCCAUAUCCAACAAUAAUCAGUGAAUUUGAAGCCUCACCGGACUCAUUCUAUUACCGCAUUCCUAACCUCAGCCAGAACCGCCAGUACAGCAUCUGGGUUGUCGCAAUCACUGCAGCAGGGAGAGGGAACUCCAGUGAGAUCAUUACUGUGGAGCCACUGGCAAAAGCACCAGCCCGGAUACUGACAUUCAGUGGCACCGUGACCACGCCAUGGAUGCGGGAUAUCGUGUUGCCCUGUAAAGCAGUUGGAGACCCAACCCCUACAAUCAAAUGGAUGAAGAACAGUAAUGGAACACCCAGCCCUGUAGUGACCGAUGGACGAAGAAGCAUCUUUAACAAUGGAAGCUUUGUCAUCCGCACUGUGAAAGCAGAGGAUUCUGGGUACUAUAGUUGCGUGACAAGUAAUAACUGGGGAUCAGAUGAAAUUCUUCUCAAUCUACAGGUGCAAGUUCCACCAGACCAACCACGCCUGACUGUGUCCAAAACAACCUCAAAUUCCAUUAUUCUUUCCUGGGUACCUGGGGACAAUGGUGGGAGUUCCAUUCGAGGUUAUAUUCUGCAGUACUCAGAGGACAACAGCGAGCAAUGGGGUAGCUUUUCCAUCAGCCCUAGUGAGCGCUCAUACCGUCUGGAGAAUUUGAAAUGUGGGACAUGGUAUAAGUUCACUUUGACGGCACAGAAUGGAGUGGGACCUGGACGCAUCAGUGAAAUCAUUGAAGCUAAAACCCAUGGGAAAGAGCCACAGUUUUCGAAGGAACAGGACCUAUUCUCCAGUGUCAACACCACAAGGAUCAGGCUGAAUCUCCUCGGUUGGAUUGAUGGUGGCUGUCCCAUCAUCAUGUUCACCCUUGAAUAUCGGCCGUUUGGGACCACAGUCUGGACGACAGCACAGCGGACGACCCUGUCCAAAUCAUACAUCCUCUAUGACUUGCAGGAGGCCACGUGGUAUGAACUUCAAAUGAAGGUGUGCAACAGUGCAGGAUGCACAGAGAAGCAGACGGAAUUUGCAACCCUCAACAAUGAUGGCAGUACAAUCCCACCACUGAUUAAAUCAGUGGUCCAGACCGAGGAAGGAAUGGCAACCAAUGAAGAACUGAAGAUGCUGGUGACCAUCUCAUGCAUUCUGCUGGCUGCCCUGCUGCUGUUUGCUCUGCUUCUGAUUGUUCGAAGGCGACGGAGGGAGCAGCGCCUGAAAAGACUGAGGGAUGCCAAAAGUCUGGCCGAGAUGUUGAUGAGUAAAAACACAAGGACAUCUGAUACCCUGAAUAAACAGCAGCAGACACUGAGAAUGCACAUCGAUAUCCCUCGAGCACAGCUUCUGAUAGAAGAGAGGGAUACCAUGGAAACAAUCGACGACCGAUCUACUGUGCUACUGACGGAUUCGGACUUUGGAGAGGCUGUGAAACAGAAAUCGCUAACAGCCACACACACUGUCCAUUACCACUCAGUCUCGCAGGCCACUGGCCCUCUAGUGGAUGUUUCAGAUGCCCGACCUGGAACCAAUCCCACAGCCCGCAGGACUGUGAAGGGAGUUCCAUCAGCUCGCAAUAGGUACUCCAGCCAGUGGACACUGAACAGACCCCACCCAACCGUAUCUGCUCACACGCUAACAACUGACUGGAGAAUGCCAACACCACAUGUUGCGGGAUCUGUUGAUAAGGAAAGUGACAGCUACAGUGUCAGUCCAUCUCAGGACACAGACAGAGCACGCAGUAGCAUGGUCUCCACAGAGAGUGCCUCCUCCACAUAUGAGGAGCUGGCACGUGCUUAUGAACAUGCCAAGAUGGAGGAGCAGUUGAGGCAUGCCAAGUUUACAAUCACGGAAUGCUUCAUAUCGGAUACAUCUUCGGAGCAGCUGACAGCUGGGACCAAUGAGUACACAGACAGCUUAACAUCCAGCACACCUUCAGAAUCGGGCAUCUGCAGGUUUACUGCAUCACCACCGAAACCUCAGGAUGCAGGAAGGGUUGCAAACAUGGCAGUGCCCAAAGCACAUCGACCAGGUGACCUUAUGCAUCUUCCGCCAUACCUAAGGGUGGACUUCCUGAUUCACAGAGGGGUGGCAGGUCCAAGCAGAGACCUUGGUCAAGGGCAUGCCUGUCUGGAGCCACAGAGAAGGAGCACCAUGAAACGCACACAAGUCAUGGAGCCAAUCCCAGUGGAGGUAGCUUCCAGGGACACACAGCAAUGGCAAUCAAGCACCGCGUCGACAUUACCUCAGAGGGAGGGACCAGACCGUGGCAAAGCUCCCAAACUGAGCAGCUCCCAGGAAUCUCUACUGGACAAUCGUGGUCACUUGAAACAAGGAAACAACCCUUACGCAAAAUCCUACACCCUGGUAUAACAACCGCAUGUCUGUACAAGGCUGUAAAUAGUUCGAUUUAAAGCUACCUUUUUUUACUGAUUCCAAUAUUUAUAAUCAAAGAUUUGCCAAAAUA